UACAACUAGAGACUCAAAAUAAGUAUUUUUAGGUAGUAACAAAAUAGGAUUAUGGGAGAAGAAGUGAAACUUUAUGGUAAUUGGGCAAGCCCUUUUAGUUGCAGAGUAGACAUAGCUUUGAAACUCAAAGGUGUUGAAUACAGAUACUAUGAAGAAGAUUUGAAGAACAAGAGUGCUUCUCUCCUCGAAUACAACCCAAUUCACAAGAAGGUCCCUGCCUUUGUUCACAAUGAAAAACCCUUAGCUGAGUCACUUGUCAUCCUUGAAUACAUCGAUGAGACAUGGAAGACUAAUCCCAUCUUCCCUCAAGACCCCUACGAAAGAGCUCAAGCCCGUUUUUUGGCUCGUUUCAUUGAUGAGAAGCUCAUGCCAACGUUGAGGGAAGCCUGGAUCAAUGAAUAUAAGAAAAAGGAAGCAGAAGAAGCAAAUGGGUACUUAGAAUUUCUAGAGAAAGAGCUCAAAGGCAAGUACUUUGGAGGAGAAAUCAUUGGAGCAGCGGACAUAGCAGGAAAUACUUUAGCACUAUGGUUACCAAUCUAUGAAGAGCUCAAGGGAGUAGAGAUAUUGACAGAGGCUAAGUUUCCCAAGCUCUGUAAAUGGAGCCAUGAUUUUGCUACUCAUCCUGUGGUCAAGGAAGUAUCUCCCUCUAAAGAAGAACUCAUUGCAAUCUUCAAGCCUCGUUUCAACAUCACCAAGUGAAAAUGAUUUAGUUUGGUUUUAACAUAAUAAAUAAUGAAUAAAUUUUGUUAGAAUAAUAUAUAUUGAUGUUAUUGUAGAUUUUAUAUUUAUAAUUUUGAUGAAAUGAACUAAAAAGAUUACUAGUUUUUUCA